UUGUAGAUAAUAAUAUUAUGAUAAUAUGAUAGACUACAAAAGUUCAGCAUACUGCAGAGUACAACUUUCAACUUUAAACGUUUGAGCCUACUGCACUGAACUAUAUUAUACUGUAUUUAGUAUAUGCAUUUUAUUAAAUUCUUUGCUAUUGAUUUCAGUUUUGAGUCGUUCGAAGUUCGCACUUUUACGUUAAUAUGACAGAGUUUAAAAAAUCCGAAAUAUUGUGUCAGAACUUCAUUUCAGUAAAAAAUAUUCUAACUUCGUCAAUAUCAAUGUUAAUAUGUUUAUAGUCUUUGUUAAUAAUCUAAAACUGUGAAAAUGCUGGUGUAUUAAUCUAUCGAUAGUUAUUACAAUAGGUAUACACCGUGAGUUAGCAGUAUUGACCUAGCUAUUGAUAAGAAUGGAUCCGAUGCUCUGAUGUGUUGCCUCUUGCCAAUGCUAAAUUCCAAAGUGGAACAUUUGAAUUGUAGAUUGUUUCAUAUUUAUUAAUUAUCUGUGAUGCUUAUGAAUCCUCAAUAAAGCAUUACAAAAUAUUAUUAUUUACUGAAGUAUAAUGAAAUUAAGUAACAACUUAAUCGGUUAUUAGAAUAUUUUUAAAUAUGAAAGGCUAUAAAAUCACUAACUGUGCACAAGAUAAGAGAAUUGGUAUUGUCGGAAAUUCUUUAAAAGACGUUUUUACUAAAGGAUGUCAAAAAUUAAAGUUAGACCAUGCAAAUGUGACUAUGAUGACUCUUGAUGKUACAGUAAUAGAUGAUGAAGAUUAUUUUCAACAACUACCAGCACAGACAUUAUUUAUAUUUCGGUUAAAUGGGGAAACAUUUGAAACAGGUGCUGAUUUAAUAUAUAAUGUGCUUGCAGCUGUAAAUAAUAAUACAUUAGAGACUUCAAUUAAAAUAAAAUCAUUUAUGGAUGAAAACAUUAAAGAAAAAAUUAGAAUAUUAUCUUCAGUUCUGGAUGCAGAUGAUGAUAAUGAUAAAAAAAAAGAGAUAAGCAGUCUAAGAUCAAUAGACCCAGAUUGGUUUCAAGGCUUGGAAACUAGGGCAAGAACAAAAGAAGAAUUCAUGUUCAAACGCUGCCAAGAACGAAUUCGAAGUUAUAUGUACAAAACAAAAACGGAUGUAAUUAAGUCAGAUUUUUACAUAAAACAUUCAAAGUGCAGGAAGUACUUGGAUGAAGUAUUUAAACAAUUCAGUGAGCUUUUAACAAAAAACAAACAUCAUGGAUAUUAUUUUGAUAGAUCAAACACAAAUGGUUUGUGCGAUGAAGUUGGAACGUUUAAAUGUGAGGGAGCAUGGAAUCAAUCAAUUUGUACUUAUGAACGUGGUACUGGUCACAAAAUCAAUCCAUACCAAAACAGAGAGAGUAGAAUUAUAUUUUCUACUUGGAACUUAGACCAUUGGAUGGAGAGAUCUAGAACUGUUAUACCUGCAUUGUUUGAAGCCAGUAAAAUGGCAUCUGAAUCUCACCAUUCAAUAAAUAUGAACUAUUUCUAUGAACUGCUCUUCACAACAGUUAAUCUUAAACUGGUACAUAUUGUAUGCCAUGACAAAGGUCAACAUAUUAGUGCUAAAUGUGAUCCAAACUUAUAUUUACAAUAUAAAAAGGUGAAUCACAGCUUCUCGUAUGUUGAUAAUUGUUUAGUGAACGAUUUCAAUAAUUGAUCAAAAAAAAAAAAUAAAUAAUUAUGUAAUGACAUAUACUUUAUUUAUUACAUUACUAAUUGGAAUCAUGGGUUUUUCGCAAAAAUCUAAGAUCAACAUUAAAUCUAU